AUGAAGUUAGACACAAAAGCGAUGCGCUACCUCGCGGCUGAGGAUUGGCGAGUUUUGAACGCAGUCGAGAUGGGAAGCAAAAACCACGAACUUGUUCCUACUACCUUGAUUGAGAAGCUUUCGCGUCUUCGUGGCGGUGUCGGUAGUGUUCACAGAAGUAUCUCGGCUCUCGCCAAGGUCGGUCUUAUUGCGCGUGUCAAGGAGGCAAAGUAUGAUGGGUACCGACUCACAUAUGGUGGACUGGAUUACCUCGCUCUUCACACCCAUGCCCAAAAGAAAGACGUUUACAGCGUGGGAACCCGAAUCGGUGUAGGCAAGGAAAGCGACAUUAUGAUUGUGGCAGAUCAUUCCGGCACACAAAGAGUCCUCAAGAUUCAUCGACUAGGCCGAAUCUCUUUCCGAACCGUCAAAUCGAACCGAGACUACCUCAAGAACCGACAGUCUGGAUCAUGGAUGUACCUCUCUCGGCUGGCAGCCAUGAAGGAGUUCGCUUUCAUGAAGGCUCUGCGUGAUGAGGGAUUCCCUGUUCCCGAACCACUCGCACAAUCCCGACACACCAUCGUCAUGUCCUUGAUAGACGCUUUUCCUCUUCGACAGAUCGCCGACGUUCCCGAUCCAGCAUCUCUAUACGGCGAUCUUAUCUCGCUGAUUCUUCGACUUGCUAAGCACGGACUUAUCCAUGGCGACUUCAACGAAUUCAAUAUUUUGGUCAACGAAAUCAGAACAAAAUCAGAAGAGGGCGAGGAGACUCUCACAUUAGAGCCCGUCAUUAUCGACUUUCCCCAAAUGGUUUCUAUGGAACACCAAAAUGCUGAGAUGUAUUUUGAUCGAGAUGUGAACUGUGUCAAGCGCUUUUUCGAGCGCAGAUUUCACUUCGUCCCAGAUCAACCCGGACCCUUCUUCAAACAAGUAAAGAAGACUGUCGGCAAGGACGGUGUGAAGAGACUCGACGCUACAGAGAUGGCUUCCGGCUUCACGAAGAGGAUGUUAAAGGAUCUUGAGGCUGCCAUCAAGGAAAAGAUAGAGCAAGCUCCUCAAAAUAGUGGAGAUGAGGACGACGACGAUGAGGAUGACGACGAAGAUGAAGACGAAGACGAAGACGAAAACAAUGAGAAUGGGGAGUCAGCUGAUCUUCAAAACGACCUAACAUCAGGUGGCUUGCUUGCUGACGAUGUCAGGGAUUCUAAGGAAGACAUAGUCGAAGAGGGCAUGUCGAAGCUAACAGUUUAG